AUGCUGAAACAAUUGCUUCAAGGUCAAGCUGAUGGUGUUGUGGACACAAGCAAGAAGCUAGCUGAUAACAACUCCAAGAUCGAGAACCUCAACACAAGAGUGUACUCUCUGGAGAAUCAUGCUUCUUCUGUUGCUGCUGCUACAAAGCAAGGACAACUACCUGGUAAAGCUAUUCAGAACCCCAAGGAACAGUGCAAGGUCAUCUUCACUCAAGAAGGACUUGAUGAAGAAGAGGAUCAAGAAAGAGUCAUGGAAGAGUUUUGUUUACUGCUGAAUGAAGAGAUUGUUGCUGCUGAGGCUCCUGGAGUCCAGAUUGAUCAACCUGAAGUGCAAGCUACUCAUAGCCAUUCACACUUCACCAGUUGA